UGGAAACAUGCUGCAAACCAACAGAUAAGGCAGAGGCUGACAGAGGCACACACACACAUACACCAACACACUCGGAGGCAGAUCGAAUUAACAUGGGCCAGUUACUGAGCUGGAUCCGAGGCCCACGGGACAGCCCGGGGGAGCAGGAUGUGGCCGUGGAGGACCAGUCGCAGCCGAGCCAGGCAACACCCAAACCGGCAGCUCAGGUCUCUACUGUGAAGCCUGCACAGUUUGAGAAGGCAUCAUCAGGAUCCACAAUGGCUACGAAGCCUGAGGUGGUUGCUACAGCAACAGGCGGAGCCACGAGGAGUGGCACGAAAGCAGGAGGGACUGCUACAGUCGGAACAGGGAAAGAGGCUAAAGCCAAACCCGAGACUGCACGUGUGUCCCAAGUCAAGGCCACGGCUGCAGCUCCUUCUCCUGCUGGAACAGCUGGAACAGCAGCCACGGCCGCUGCAGCAGCAGCUGCUGCUGUGGCCAAGCCCAAAGAGUCACCCAAACACAAGGCCAAGGUUCAGGUGGAGGUUCCAUCUUCAGCAGCAGCAGCCAAAGAGGCACCUGCAGUGGAUCCGUUUGAUGCCCUGGCAAGCAUACUACCAUCAGCUGGUCCAGUCGAACCCUCAGGGCCCGUUUACUCUGGGCCAGAGGUCACUGAGCAUGUCACGUCUGAGACGAGUCAGAAGUGUGGGGAAAGAGAUGACACGCUGCCUCCAGGCUACAGAUUUGAAAAUACGACUCCAGUUCCUGCAGAUGUUAAACCCAAAGAUGUUCCUAAACCACUGAGCACCAAUGAGGCCCUGGAUUCCCUUUCAGCCGGUUUCAUGACAUCCACUGUUCCACCCCAGAAACAAGAGAAAGCUGUCACUCCUUCAUCAGUUCCUCGUGUGGCUGUGUGUCCUGCUCCUCCUGCUGAUAAAAAAGCCAAAAUUGAGAAAGUCUCUGCUGAUUUCUCACUGGAGGCUGGACUCCCUACUCCUCCCUCCACGAAAUCACCUGCUGCUGUUCCUCCUGCCGACAAGAAAGCAAAAAUGGAAAAACCUUCUGCUGCUUUCUCGCUAGAAGCUGGUUUGGAUACCAAAGUGGACCUCAAACCCAAGUCUGGCGAGAUUGACCCCUUGUCUCUGGACGCUCUCAGUGCUCUUGGUGACACUUUGGCAGCAGAUGAACCAAAACCUGAAUUGCCCAAACUCAGACCUGAAGACAUCGUUGCGGAGGGCAAACUCAAGAAGGAGAAGGGCGUGCUUGUGGGAGAGAGGGAGGACUCGCUUCCUCCAGAUUACAGGUUUAAAGAGGAGGAUCUCAAAAAACUGCCUGCCCCUAAACCUGAGCCCACUAUGGCGACGGGUGACGCUCUGGACUUUUUGUCUGGAGGCUUCACGUCUUCCUCAGCUGCUCCCACACAGAAAGCUCCUGCCCCUCCUGCCGGCAAGAAGAAGGGGAACGUUCCUGAUGAUUUCUCUCUGGAGGCUGGACUGUCUGCUUCUAGUGCUCAGAAAGUGGAAUCCUCUGCACGUCCUCAUGUAGCUGCUCCUGCAGAUAAGAAAAAGACUGCUGGGGCCAAACCCAAGACUGAUCAGGCCGACCCCUUGUCUCUGGAUGCUCUCAGUGCUCUUAGUGACACACUGGCUGCAGACGAACCAAAGCCCGAAUCGCCUAAACUCCGACCUGAAGAUAUCGUUUCGGAGGGCAAACACAAGAAGGAGAAGGGCGUGCUUGUGGGAGAGAGGGAGGACUCGCUUCCUCCAGAUUACAGGUUUAAAGAGGAGGAUCUCAAAAAACUGCCUGCCCCUAAACCUGAGCCCACCAUGGGGACGGGUGAAGCUCUGGACUUUCUGUCUGGAGGCUUCAUGGACUCUUCAGCAGCUCCUGUAGUCUCCUCCUCCCGUCCUCCUGCACAGACAAAAGUCGAGGACUUGUCAGCCCUAGACCUGCUCUCUGAAGGCUUAGUGGCUUCCUCUAAAUCUUCCAAAGUUCAGGCCUCCGUCCCUCCUCCUGCCAAGAAAGCAUCAGAGGUUGACCCCAUGUCCCUGGAUGCUCUCAGUGCUCUUGGCGACACGUUGGCAGCAGAUGAACCAAAACCUGAAUCCCCAAAGCUCAGACCCGAAGACGUUGUCUCAGAGGACAAACUGAACAAGAAGAAAGGCGUGCGUGUAGGUGAGAGAGACGAUGCACUUCCUCCAGAGUACAGGUUUAAUGAAGAGGAGCUCAAAAAACUGCCCGCUCCAAAACCCCAGCCCACCAUGGAUACAGGUGACGCUCUGGAUAUUUUGUCUGGAGACUUCCUGACUUCCUCGGGUGCUCCUGCUGUUCAGGCUCCCGUUCCUCCCCCGUCAGCUCGUCCUGCGCAGCCCGCCGAUGCAGCACUGGAUGCCUUGGCAGGAGAUUUUUUUGCCUCGACUGCUGCUCCAGCUGUGAAGUCGUCCCCUGGCGUUGCCCCGGUAACAGACCUACAGCUGCUAGGAGAGGCAGACAAUGCCCUGGAUGCUCUGUCCGACACAUUGAAGGAUAUCACACCUGUCCCCCACGUUGUCCCACCUCCUACCAAAGAAAUUAUCAAGGAGAAAGACAUUCUCGAGGAGAGGCUGAUAAAGAUGGGAGAGAGAGACGACACACUGCCACCAGAGUACCGACCCACUGAGGAAGAGCUCAAGCAAAUGGGACAACGAAAGGAAAAAGCACCCGCGACACCUGAGAAGGACGCUCUUGAUGACAUAACAGCCUUGGAUCUGCUGUCCAGUGAUUUCUCUGCCGCUCCGCAGCCGCCUGCCCCGGCCGCCUCGUGCACGACAAAGCUGCAGCCUCCUGUGCUGGACUCGGAGCCCCUGAAGCCAAUGCCUGGAGCUGUCCUGGAUUCCUUGUCCGGAACGCUGCUCCCUAAUGCUCCAGAGAGCAAACCUAAAACAGACAAGCCCAAGGGAAAGAGAAAGUCAAAGUCUAAAACACAACAUGCAGCAGAGCCACCUGCCACUGACCUGCCAUCAGCUCAGCGAAGCUCAGAUGUCGUGGCGACAUCUAAAUCGCAGGGACACAAGAGUUAGUUCGCUUGGUCGGUGCAUUCGUCCCCCACCUCGGGGGAUGUGUCGGCGGGGGAGCUGCUCUGUGGAUUAUUGUUCUAUUUUUCUAAAUCAACAAGAAUGUAUACGGGAUGACCGAUAGACCCGGGCCGUCAACCACAACACUUCAACACACACUCGACAUAACCGCCAGCACCACUUCUUUUUUUUUUUCCUUUUUUCUUUAGCUUGGUUUGACAUUCAAUUAUCACAAGAUUUUUAUUUCUGUCUUUGGAGAAAAUGAACAGAAAGACUUUUCACAACAAGGUGGGUGCAAGGGAGAAGUAAGUGAUAAAGAAAAGAAAGUACAGAGGGGAAACUGCGGGGGAAAUGAAAGAGUUUAUGACAACAACAAAAAAAAAAUCUUUUAUGGUGCCAAAAGUCUUGCGUGUGCAUCUCACCUGGCAAUCUCCAGUGACAUAGUAAUAUCACAAGGCCUGUGGCGUUGUGGUGUUGGUUGGAGCACUGGCACUGUGAGCUUGUGUGGGAGCAGAGCUGAGUGGGUGUAUGAGAGUCGGGAUGUUUGUGCAAUCUUGUUGUACGCAGAAACGCAGAGUUUUCUCAUAUUGUGAUCAGAUGCCAUCAGGACACUAGUGUACAGCUCAGUAACGAUGCAUAGUUUACAUUAUUAAUGAAUGCGUAGGAUUUCCAGGAUAUGUUCUGCUUAUUUCUGUAUUGGAUAACUUCUUUUGGCAAAUGCUUAUUUUUUUUCUUGGGAAGGGUCUUUUGUAUUUGGCCUUUAUCUGAACAAAAACAAGAAUACCGCAUCAUUUACAAGUGCACUUAGCAAACGGGGGUGUUUACACGAUUUGUAAACUGCCAUUGUUUGUAUACUGUAAAGAUUUUUGCUCCAUGGAAGACAACACUGUAUAUUUUCCAAAAUGCCUUCAUCUGUGGUCAAAAGUCACUUAAAAAAGUCCCAGUGUCAAGAAGUUUUGAGAGGGAAAUACUUUAGAUGUGGGACUGCGAACCGUAAUAAAGAAUAUGUAAAAAGUAGAUUUAAGUCUAGUUCUGUCAUUUGUGUCCAAAGGUCAAAUGAAAGCCUGUGUGAAAUACUGAAUGUUGCAAGACAACUCAACAAAUCUAGUCUUUGUAAAAGGUGCGAGGUGUGUGUUUGCGCUAAAGUGAGAAGGAACAAAAUCUCUUUCAAUGUGUCUUUCUGUACUGCUGACGUGUGGUUUGUUUUACGCUGUCUUCGGUUCAAGCAGCCCACUUCCUUUUCACCAUGGGGGGGCUUAAAACAAACAUCUUUUGCUCAAAUGUUGUUUGUUUCUUUUUGUGCCGAGACCCUGAAUGAGAAAUGAGCAUGCAUGUACGUGAGUUUUAAGUGUGGUGAGAAGAAUGAAAUAAAAUUAAAAUGAAAUUAUACAGACAAUAAUAUUUCAUUUCCGAAAAAGAGAGUCCUUCGUUGGACUAAAAACUUUAUUUUUUGUAUACAACAGAGCAUAUAAAAUAUACACUUAUACAGAAAUAAACAAAAUAAAUGUUGCUUUAAUUUUGUUCCUGACAGUGUCAUUUCCCUGAGAAAGAAUUAUUGAAAAAUGUUAACAGUAAAGUUUUCAACAUUUCAAAAGAGAAACCAUGUUCUUCAUUAAGCUUAAAAAUCUAACACCGAAGGUAAGGGAAGUGUGUCUGUAAAAGUAUGCAAGUAUAAAACUAUCCAAGCUGGUAUGCUAAUGUACAGACGGUUACUGUAACAAAGCAAAAAUAUGUAUAUAUACAGCUCCUACAUUAAUUUCAGUCAUAAAAUUAAU